CUCUUAUUUUGAUAUUAAAUGCUAACAACUGAAGAACAACCUACUCAACCACCCAUUGAAAAUGGUAACCAUGCUAACGAGACCGAGAUCUCGAACACAAACCCAGUUGUCAUCACAACCACAGCUGAAUCCAACAACCAAGUUAUUUCAAAAUUAACAGAUCUCGAGGUUUGAUGCAUUAGGGAGGCUUUCAAUGCUUAUUGGAUAAAGUAAAGCAAGAUAUGCAAGCAGCUAAAGAUGUCACUUUGUUUUUGGAGAAAAGAGCUGCUAUAGAAAAAGAAUAUGGAAAGCAACUUAUCAAGCUUGCACAGUCAAUGUCUGAUGCUUAUGAUAAAACGCAUGCAAAGAAAAGUUCAUAUGGAUCUGUUUGGACUCAGCUUCUUAAAGUGCACGAAACAAUAGGAGAACAAAGAGUUAAAUUCUCAAGCGAUAUUUCAGAAGUUGCAGACGAUUUACAAAUUGUAUACAAAGAUACAGAAAAAAAUAGAAAGGCGGCCAAAGAACAAGGAAACCGUCAUGAAAAGAAUAGAUUGGAUGCUGAAGUUUCAUUGGAAAAGAGUAAAAUCAAAUAUGAUCUUCAUACUGAGGAAUGGGAAAAAGCCAUCUUGGCGAAAAGCAACAAUGAAUCCGAGUACAUGCCAAAGAAAGCAGGUUUAUUCAAAAGCAACAAGACACCAGCGCAGUUUCAAAAACAAGUCGAUGAUUCAUGCGCCAAGGCAAACCAGGCACAAACAUCUUAUAAAAAUCAGUUAGCCACAACAAACGCUACUCGCCAAGAUUAUUUUCAAAGCCAACUUCCUUCUGACAUUAUUCAUUUAAAAAGCAUUGGUGAUGAAUGCUGUGGCGCUACUCGAUAUCAAUUAGCUCGUUACUCAUACUUGUUUGAAGUUGCUAUCACUGCUGAUGGAGAAGCAUUGGAUAAUGACAGGGGCACAGGAUUAAGGUCAUUGUGUGAAAAGAUUAACAAUGAUCAAGACACUUUUACUGUAGUAAGAGAAUUCGGCGAACGUGCCAUCAAUUUCAGAAAAGCAGACAUACCUUACAAGGAAUAUCCCAUGUCUAAAGUUGCCAUGAGCAUUUUGAAGCCCAAUCCUGUGUUCGGUGUGGAAUUGACAAAGUUAAUGCAACGUGAUGGUCAAGAAGUGCCUUUGUUUUUGGUGAAAUGUAUAGAAGCAAUUGAAGCAUCUGGACUAAAGAAUGAAGGCUUGUAUCGAAUCUCUGGUACAGGAACCCAUAUUCAACGCUUGAAAAGUUCUUUUGACAGAAAUUGUGCUGGCGUAGAUUUGACUACAGAUGAAAAUACAGCUGAUGUGAAUAACAUUACAGGUUUAGUAAAACUUUGGUUUAGAGAAUUGCCAGAUCCAUUAUUCCCUCAAUCUUCUUAUCAACACUUUAUGAAUGCAGCAAAAAUUGAGAAUGAUCGUAUGCGGGUACUUGGUCUUCAUACGAUUAUCAAUGAUUUACCAGAUGCUCAUUAUGCAACACUCAAAUACAUUAUGUGUCAUCUUGACAAAGUCCAAAAGAAUCAAGAAUUUAACAAGAUGACAACCAGUAAUCUAUCUACUAUAUUUGGUAUCACUUUGAUGGGAGGUGAAAGUAAUAGUAACCAAUCGUCUAUUAACUCACAAGAGCAAUAUCAACAACAAGAAGAACAAAGAUUAGCUGACACACAUUGGCAUGUGCGAGUAGUAAAAACAAUUUUAGAGAAUUACCGCUUAAUCUUCGAACCUGAUGAAGAACAGUAAUAUAAAAAUCCCAAAUAAAUUCAUGUAAAACAUUAUAGUAGAACAUACUCUAAUCAGUAGAAAUAAAGAACAAUAGCAAUAUUAAUAUGGCUUUUUCUUUUUUCUACUGUAAAGUGGCGAUA